AUGAGAGCAUUUCCAGAUUUGGUAUUGGCUUCAACCAAAUUGAGAGCAUUUCCAGAUUUCUUGAGAAAUCAGUCCACAUUAGGCAACUUGGACCUUUCAAACAACAAGCUUCAAGGUGAGGUACCUAAUUGGAUUUUGAGUCUCAAAUCUCUUAAUUCUCUUGAUCUUUCUGGCAACUCCUUGGUGACUCUAGAAGCUCCUCUUCCUAAUUCCACUUCUGCUUUAUCUUCUCUAGACCUUCAUUCCAACAAGCUUCAAGGUAUCCAUUCCUCAUAUUCCUUCCUUCAGCUUGAUCACUUGGGAUUAGCUUCUAACAAGUUGACAACAUUCCCAGACUUCUUGAGAAAUCAAUCCCAUUUAAUCAAAUUGGACCUCUCGGACAACCAGAUUCAAGGACAGAUACCCAAUUGGAUUUGGAUUUUCGAUUCUCUUCAAGAAGUAAAUCUUUCUUGUAACUCCUUGGAAAGUUUAGAAGCUCCUCUACUUAAUUCUACCUAUGUUCUGUCAGUGGUUGAUCUUCAUUCAAACCAGCUUCAGGGACAUUUCCCCUUGUUCUUAAGAAGUAGCUAUCUAGAUUAUUCAAGAAAUAAUUUCAGCUCUAGUAUACCGACCGACAUUGGUGACUUCAUUUUUACUCGGUCUUACCUUUCUCUUUCAAGCAAUAAUUUCCAUGGGGCCAUUCCAAAAUCAAUAUGCAAUGCAAGUGGUAAGGUUCUUGAUCUGUCCAAUAAUUCCUUGAGUGAAAACAUUCCCCAAUGCUUGACUCAAUUACAUCAGCUUUCGGUCAUUGAUUUGAAGAGAAACAACCUGAGUGGCACAAUUCCCGAUAAUUUUCUUAACGGUUGUGAGCUACAAACUCUAGACCUCAGUAACAAUAAGAUACAAGGCCAGUUUCCGAAAUCUCUUGUUAACUGCUCAAAGUUAGAGGUUUUAAACAUUGGAAACAAUAACAUAACUGAUACUUUUCCAUGCUUUUUAAUGAGCUUAUCUAUCUUGCGUGUCCUUAUUUUGAGGUCCAACAAGUUUUAUGGAAGCAUUGGAUGUCCCAAGACCAAUGGCACAUGGCCUGUGCUUCAAAUAAUAGAUUUAGCUCACAACAAUUUCAGUGGUGAUAUGCCAGGAAGAUUGUCUCUGACAUGGCAGGCUAUGGUGUCUAAUGAGGAUGAUUCUCCAACUAACCUUGGAUUUUCUUAUCAGGAGUGCAUAAAUAGUGAGCCAACUAAUAGAGCUUGUUAUCGGUAUAAUGGAGAAACAGAUACUGACGUUUAUUAUAGAGUUGCAAUUACGACUAACAUCAAAGGUUUAGAGUUGGAUGUAGUUAAGAUUCUAACUAUAUUCACCUUGAUUGACUAUUCCUCCAACAAAUUCAACGGAUCAAUACCUGAGGAAAUCGGAGAGUUGAAAUCACUAUAUGUCCUCAACUUAUCAGGUAAUGCUUUCACUGGAAACAUCCCAUCACCAUUUGGCAAGAUGCGACAACUAGAGUCCUUAGAUCUCUCAAAGAACCACUUGAGCGGCCAAAUUCCCCCAGAGUUUGCAAAUCUCACUUUCCUUGCAUUCUUGGAUCUCUCAAAUAAUGAACUGGUUGGGAAGAUCCCAACCAGCACUCAAAUUUCAACAUUUCCAAAUACCUCCUUCGAAGGUAACAAAGGAUUAUGGGGACCUCCUUUGACAGUGGAUGCAGUAUUGCCACCACCAAUUUCAAAUGGAAACUCAAGUCAUCCGAAUUCUGGAGAUGAGAUUGAUUGGGAUGUUAUUUGUGUUGAAAUUGGAUUUACCUGUGGGUUUGGAAUUGCCAUUGGGUCACUUUUGUUUUGCAAAAGAUGGAGGAAAUGGUAUUACAGAGCUAUGCGUAGUAUUCUGUUCAAGAUAUUCCCUCAGCUGGAGCAGAGAUUUGGUAAUCAUAGAAGACACGUGUUCAUAAACACAAGGCGUUGA